GCAUAUAGUUCUUGUAUUCUUGUGCCAACCCUCUCUCCUCUCACCACACCAUAAAAGGAGGAGAGUUUCCUGCUUUUUGUCUUCCUCUACUUCCCACAAAUCCCUUCUUUUUCUCAUGAAAAUUCAUAAUUAACUACUUCUAUAACACCUUAGCUUUAGAGAGAGAGAGAGAGAGAGAGAGAGAGAGAGAGAUUAAUUAGUGUUUAAGAAAUUAAAAGGGAACAAUUUGAGUAGAUUCUUGGUUGUUGCCUCAUCAAAUGUCAAACAUAACAAGUUGUGAUAGUGGGAGCUUCUCAACAGAGAACACAGUUCCAUUAUUAGAAGAUGCAGUGGUGAAACAACAAUCUUCAGAGAUUCUUGGUGGUAGGUUCCAUCAUAGUCCACAUUCUCAUACUUCAACAACAACAACAAAUAAUAAAAAUAAUAAUAGCAAUGCUUCCAACUCAAAUUCUCAACCUCCUCCUCCACCUCCUAAGAAGAAAAGGAACCUACCGGGAAAUCCAGAUCCCAGUGCUGAAGUGAUAGCUCUAUCACCAACAACACUAAUGGCCACAAACCGCUUCAUAUGCGAAAUAUGUAACAAAGGGUUUCAAAGAGACCAGAACCUUCAGCUUCAUCGGCGAGGACACAACCUGCCGUGGAAGCUGAAGCAGCGAACGAGCACGGAGGUGAGAAAGAGAGUAUAUGUGUGUCCUGAGUCCUCGUGCGUUCACCACAAUCCCGCGAGGGCGUUGGGUGACCUCACGGGGAUCAAGAAACACUUUUGUAGGAAGCAUGGUGAGAAAAAGUGGAAAUGUGAUAAGUGCUCAAAGAAAUAUGCUGUUCAAUCUGACUGGAAGGCACAUUCCAAAAUAUGCGGUACAAGGGAGUACAAAUGUGACUGUGGCACCAUCUUUUCCAGAAGAGAUAGCUUCAUCACCCACAGAGCAUUCUGCGACGCACUUGCAGAGGAGAACAACAACAAGAACGAAGGAUCAUUAUUCCCAAACAUACCUUCAAAUCUCCAAUCCCAACCCCAAAUCCCAAACCUCCUUCUUCCCUCUCUACCAAUCACCACCACCCCCACCACUCUUUCUUCAUCCUCCUCACUCCCUCUUCACCACGACCUCAUCAUUCCAAAACCCUCAUUCAACAACAUACCCUUCCCGAGAAACCCCAACACCACCUCCACCACCACCAUCUUCGAUGACAACGCCCUCCACUUAACUGCGUCGUCGUCAUCACUGUCCUCGCCGCACAUGUCAGCCACCGCACUGCUUCAGAAAGCAGCGCAAAUGGGUGCAACCGUCAGCAGCAGCAACAACAACAUAGUAGUGGAGAAUAGCAACAAGGGUGGCGGUUAUGUAACCGCCACAACAAGCAUGGCGCCGCCAUCGUUUAGCGGAGUAGCUCCAGUGCAACAGAAUGUGAAUAACAAUAAUAACAGUUUGUUCAUGAACCAGUUCAUGCAACAAGACAUGGCUACUACUCCUCAUCAUUAUGGUAAUUUGAUGUGUGGAAUGAACGGUGUGGAUAUGUUCAACGCUAUAUUGGACCAAAGCAAGGCACUGUCCAAGAUCAUUGACCACAGUAACCACCACCGCGAAAGUGCGGUGACGAAAAGGGAGUGUACUAAGGGUGGAAGUAUCGGGGGUAAUAGUGAUGUGAUGACGUUGGACUUGUUGGGAAUAGGAGGAGGCGGCGGCGGUGGACAUAAUGGAAGUGGUGGUUUCUAUGGCGGUGGUAAUAAUAAUAAUAACCAGCAACAAGGAGAUAAUAAUGGUGCAGCAAGUGUAAGAGAUGAGGUUUGGAAUUGGUCAACGAAGAACGCAGGUUUUGAAUCCUUCUCAGCAACAAGCAGCAUUUGAAUGAAUUGAUUCUUGUUAUCGUGAAGUGGUAUUUUUAUACUUUACGAUAGAGUGAAGUAUAUGAUCAUAAAUCAUUGAAAAAGUCACAUGUGAAGAAGUAUAAGAUGUUACUUUUUCAUUGGUUAAAUCAUAACACUUUAUCAUGAAGUAAUAUUGUUCUACUUUAUAUGAGUAUCUAUUGUCACGAAAUAAUUUUAACUUCUUUUUUUUUUUUUUCAAUGGCUGGUGUAAUUUUCUGCCAAGUUUGGUCGUUAAUUAUGUAAUUUUUUCUUUAAAAAUUUUAAUUUAGCUAUGUCCUCCGUUCGGCCA